AUGCCAUCUUCUGUGUUGAAAAAGGCCAAUCUGGCCUCCGUAUAUUCCACAUGGCAAUGCAGCGCGUGCGGUAGCGGUUCGGUGUCUCCUCGCAAAAGAGUAAAGCCGAAUCCCCAAUUCGCCCCACAGUCGAGAACAUACGCGGACGUCAAUCCAGGUACUAUUGGGCACGGGCAUGAAUAUCGAGAUCAUAUGAAUUGGCCUUGUCGGAAAUCGACACCUUUCACUCCCUCACCGUACGAGAUCUUUGAUUUGGCAAAGAACGCCGUCUACCACAAACGCAAAUUCUAUGAGUUGGCAAAGAUAUAUCAUCCGGACACGAAUGCGUGCGAAGGAAUCAGUCACCGGGAGAGGCUAGAGAGGUAUCGACUGGUGGUACAAGCGCACGAGAUAUUAUCGGAUCCGGCGAAGAGACGGGCAUACGAUGCGUCGGGAGCGGGCUGGGGGUCGACUCGAGUGGCGAACGCGAACCGUCGCUCUCGUGGAUUCAGCAAUGGUCACGGCAAGAACUAUGGCUUUGGACCUGAUGACGACUCAUCCAUCUUCCGGAAUGCAACGUGGGAAGAUUGGGAGCGCUGGUACCGACGACACGAUAACCCGAACAAACAGGCAUACUCAGGCACAUAUGUCCACCAGAACACGUUUGCCUCCAUCGUUAUCCUCCUUGCGGUCAUAUCAGGAGUCUUUCAGGCAACGAGGGCGGGCCAGUACUCUGGGCAAUUGGAAGAAAAAGUGAAAGCAUAUAACGAAAAGACGACGCAGUUCCUGGCAUCAAGACAGGAGCACUAUCAGGAGCACCAGCUCGACGUGGAGGGGCGUAUCAAGCACUUCCUGGCCAAACGUGACCCGUCUAAGUAUGGAUUGAAAGACGAAGAGGCCGAAGCAUAUCGGAAACAUUUUGCAGAACAGAACGACAUGAGGCCAAGUCCGCGAUUAAAAGACCUGGAGCCAGAGUUAAAAUGA